UACACUUUUUCAUUUCUCGGCCAUUGCUAUAUGUAAUGCCGAUCGGAACAGAUUGUGAGAACCGGUGUUUUCUUCCAGGGAAUCGUUGGAAUUGAUCAAUCGAUUUUACGGUAAGCAACGUUUGGUGCCACCAUUGCACAGGAUAUUGUACACCGAUUAUGGUAAGUAGUAAAGUUUGGCUGACGCUCGUAGCGUUGGCAUUCUGCGGCUUCCACCGUACAGCGAGUGUCGAUCGGAAUAAUUUCAAAUCUUGUGAACAAAGUAGUUUUUGUCGUCGAUUACGACAAUCGGAAUCGGAUAUAAGCAAAUUUAUAGUGCUUCCAGAAACGCUUCAAACCUACAAGCAGUAUAUCUUGUUGGACUUGCAACACACAGAAACGAAGCAUCUGUAUGUGCUGAAGCUAGCAGCUGUCAAGGGUGGAUUGUUUCAUUUUCAAAUCGAUGAGAAGAGUCCGCUAAGUCAACGGUAUCGGGUGGAAGACGCACUGGCCAAAGAGAUAGAAUAUGUCGGGUUAAAGGUGGAAACUAGUACCGCGACAUCCAUCACUGUUUCGAUUGAAGGCGCUUUGAACAGAGCAGUUGUAGCGGUUUCGCCGUUUAAGAUUGAUUUCUAUCAUGGCGACAAGUUGAUAGUUUCGGCAAACUCCAAAGGUCUUAUGAAAUUUGAACAAUUGCGGAGAAAGGAAUCGAAACAAGUAGAGACGGUAGAAGAUAAUGGACAAGACGUUCAGGAAAAUGAAAUCAAAGAAGUGAAAGAAGAUCCCGGAGCUUGGGAAGAGAAUUUCAAAAAUCACCAUGACUCAAAACCUAAAGGACCAGAAGCUAUUUCGAUGGAUUUCAGUUUUCCGCAAGGCAAAGUUCUAUACGGCAUUCCGGAGCAUGCCGAUUCAUUUGCUCUGAAACACACAGCUGGAGGGAAGAGCGAUCCAUACCGCUUGUAUAAUCUUGAUGUUUUCGAGUACGAGCUAGACAAUGGAAUGGCUCUAUAUGGAGCGGUACCGGUUAUUUAUGGAACAGGUCCUGGAUCCACUGCUGGUAUUUUUUGGCAAAACGCAGCGGAAACAUGGGUUGACAUUUUUGCACCGGACCAAGAAAAAAACGUCAUGUCCUCUAUUGUAAAUUUCGUUUCGGGUUCGAAUCAGGACGAUCCACCGGCUGUUAACUUCAUUUCGGAAAGUGGAAUCAUUGAUGUUUUUGUUCUCACAGGGCCCUCGCCCUUGGACGCGUUUCGUCAGUACACUGAUCUCACUGGAAAAGCACCACUUCCUCAAAUGUACGCAAUUGCCUAUCAUCAGUGUCGGUGGAAUUAUAAUGACGAACAAGAUGUCACCUCUGUUUCGGCUAAAUUCGAUGAACACGACAUCCCAAUGGAUACAAUGUGGUUGGAUAUUGAGUACACGGAAGGUAAAAAAUACUUCACCUGGGAUCAUCAUAAAUUUCCACACCCACUGGAAAUGAUUCGUAAUCUGACGGAACGUGGUCGUCAUCUCACAAUUAUUAUUGAUCCCCAUAUCAAACGAGAUGGUAGCUAUUUCUUUCACAAUGACUGCACAGAUCGGGGUUAUUACGUAAAGAACAAGGAUGGUAAUGCUUAUGAGGGCUGGUGUUGGCCAGGUUCUGCCAGUUAUCCGGACUUCUUUAAUCCUGAAAUACGCAAAUACUACGCUGAUCAGUAUCUUCUAGAGAACUUCAAAGAAUCUACUGCCGAGGUAGGAAUAUGGAACGAUAUGAACGAACCGUCGGUUUUUAAUGGUCCGGAAAUCACCAUGCUGAAGGAUAAUCUUCACUAUGGCGGUUGGGAACAUCGUGAUUUGCAUAACUUGUACGGUCACAUGCACAUCAUGGCAACUUACGAUGGGUUGAUCCGACGAAGCGACGCAACACUUCGCCCGUUCAUUCUUACUCGUUCGCAUUUUGCCGGUAGUCAGCGAUACGCUGCGGUGUGGACUGGUGACAAUAUGGCCGAAUGGGGACAUAUGCAGGCAUCGAUCAAGAUGUGCCUCUCGUUGGCGGUUGCAGGUAUCAGUUUCUGUGGUGCGGAUGUUGGUGGAUUCUUCGGAAAUCCCGACAGUGAACUGUUCUACCGAUGGUAUCAGGUGGGAGCAUUCCAGCCAUUCUUCCGUUCCCAUGCCCACAUAGAUACAAAACGCCGCGAACCGUGGCUAUAUCCGGAAGAGACAAAGCUAAUAAUUCGUGACGCUAUUCGUAAACGCUACCGCUUGCUGCCCCUUUGGUACACGAUGUUCUACGAGCAUGAGCGUUCUGGCUUACCAAUAAUGCGCCCAAUGCUAGCCGAAUAUCCGUCGGACAUUAAGUCGUAUGCUAUCGAUAGUCAGUUUAUGCUUUCGGACAAAUUAUUAGUUGCUCCAGCAUUGAAGGCCGGUCAAUCUAAAGUUGAUGUGUAUUUCCCAAUCAAAGAGAAUGGAGAACCUGAUCUGUGGUAUGACCUGGAUAAUAAUCGCAAGUAUUCCGGUGCUGGAUAUGAAUCAAUGGCGGUGGAUUCCUAUAAGGUACCUGUGUUCCAGCGAGGUGGAACAAUUGUACCUCGAAAAGAAAGAAUACGACGAGCGGCUACUCUUAUGAAGGAUGAUCCCUACACAUUGGUGGUAGCUCUAGAUAAAAAUGGCAUUUCCAAAGGAACAUUGUAUAUCGAUGACGAAACAAGCUUCGAAUAUCGGUCUGGAAAAUACCUUUACCUUGAAUUCGAACUCAAAGAUGGCGUCCUUAGUAGCAAGAAAAUUGAUACCACUGCCACAUACGUCACAAAGAGCUGGCUAGAACGUGUAGUUUUGGUAGGUUUGGCAAAGGUGCCCAAAUCGGCUACUUUACAUCUGUCUAAUGGUGAAUCUUUGGCGUUGGAUGUCUACGUAGAAGAAGGGGCUGUUGUUGUGCGCAAACCAGGUGUUUCAAUGCUCGACAGCUGGUCGAUUAAGCUAAACUACUGAAUGGGUUGAAGACGUUUCUCUACUCAAUUGUUUUUAUCAUAAAGACGAUGCGCAUCUAUUCCAUUCUACUGACUGAUCACAUUUCAAGCAACAUUACGGUAGAAUGCACUUUUUCUGUUCUUUUCAAAUGUGGUCGUUUAACAUAAUCUUAAAAUUCAAAGUGAUUUAGUACGAUAGAAAAUGACUUCAACUCUUCAUAAAUUUAGACAAAUUAGAUUUAAAAAAAAUCUGAAAACGAUCAUGUUAUCGCUGAAUACAAAUUAAAGUAAUAGAAAAUAA